AUGGGAACAGAUCAGGGAAAAUGGGUCAACUUCACCGUCGACGAAAUCCGCGUUCUGAUGAACAAGAAGCGGAACAUCCGUAACAUGUCCGUCAUCGCCCACGUCGAUCACGGCAAGUCCACGCUGACCGACUCGCUGGUCUCGAAGGCGGGCAUCAUCGCCGGCGCCAAGGCCGGCGAGAUGCGCUUCACCGACACGCGCAAGGACGAGCAGGAGCGCUGCAUCACCAUCAAGUCCACGGCCAUCUCGAUGUACUUCGAGCUCCGCGACGAGGACAUGGUCUUCAUCAAGCAGGAGGACCAGCGUGAGGCCGGCCUCAAGGGCUUCCUCAUCAAUCUGAUCGACUCGCCCGGCCACGUUGACUUCUCCUCGGAGGUGACGGCUGCGCUGCGCGUCACCGAUGGCGCUCUCGUCGUCGUCGACUGCGUCUCUGGUGUGUGCGUCCAGACGGAGACUGUCCUCCGACAGGCCAUCGCCGAGCGCAUCAAGCCCGUCCUCUUCAUGAACAAGAUGGACUUGGCCAUGCUGACGCUGCAGCUCGAGCAGGAGGACAUGUACCAGAAGUUCACGCGAAUCGUCGAGAACGUGAACGUCAUCAUCUCGACGUACGCCGACGAGAACGGCCCGAUGGGCGACAUUCGCGUCGACCCCUCGAAGGGCAGCGUGGGCUUCGGCUCCGGCCUGCACGGCUGGGCCUUCUCGCUGAAGCAGUUCAGCGAGCUGUACGCCGCCAAGUUCAAGAUCGACGUCGACAAGCUGAUGGGCCGCCUGUGGGGCGAGAACUUCUACAACCCGGCGACGAAGAAGUGGGGCAAGCGCUUCGACGAGGGCUACAAGCGCGCCUUCUGCAUGUUCGUCCUCGACCCCAUCUUCAAGGUCUUUGACGCCAUCAUGAACUUCAAGAAGGACGAGACGGCGAAGCUGCUGGAGAAGAUGAACAUCGUCCUGAAGGGCGACGACAAGGACAAGGACGGCAAGAACCUGCUGAAGGUGGUGAUGCGCACCUGGCUGCCCGCCGGCGACUCUCUCCUGCAGAUGAUUGCCAUUCACCUGCCCUCGCCCAUCACUGCGCAGAAGUACCGAAUGGAGCUGCUGUACGAGGGCCCGCACGACGACGAGGCCGCCGUGGCCAUCAAGAGCUGCAACCCCGAGGGCCCGCUGAUGAUGUACAUCUCGAAGAUGGUACCGACCAGCGACAAGGGCCGCUUCUACGCCUUUGGCCGUGUCUUCUCCGGCACCGUCGCCUCGGGCCAGAAGGUGCGCAUCAUGGGCCCGAACUACGUGCCCGGCAAGAAGGACGAUCUGGUGGAGAAGGCCAUUCAGCGAACCGUUCUGAUGAUGGGCCGCUACGUCGAGUCCAUUGAAGACGUGCCCUGCGGCAACAUCUGCGGCCUGGUCGGCGUCGAUCAGUUCCUCGUGAAGACCGGCACCAUCAGUACCUUCAAGGACGCCCACAACAUGAAGGUGAUGAAGUUCUCGGUGUCGCCGGUCGUGCGAGUGGCCGUCGAGCCGAAGAACCCCGCCGAUCUGCCGAAGCUGGUGGAGGGCCUGAAGCGUCUGGCGAAGUCCGAUCCCAUGGUGCAGUGUAUCAUUGAGGAGUCGGGCGAGCACAUUGUCGCCGGCGCCGGUGAGCUUCACCUGGAGAUCUGUCUGAAGGAUCUGGAGGAGGACCACGCGCAGAUUCCCCUCAAGACCUCCGACCCGGUGGUGUCCUACCGAGAGACCGUCUCCGAGGAGUCGGAGAUCACCUGCCUCUCGAAGUCGCCCAACAAGCACAAUCGACUGUACAUGAAGGCGGUGCCGAUGAAGGACGGCGUCGCGGAGGACAUUGACAAGGGCGACAUCUCGGCGAAGGACGACUUCAAGCUCCGCGCCCGCUACCUGAUUGACACCUACGAGUGGGACGCCACUGAUGCGCGAAAGAUCUGGUCCUUUGGGCCGGAGGGCACCGGGCCCAAUCUGCUGGUCGACGUCACCAAGGGUGUGCAGUACCUGAACGAGAUUAAGGACAGCGUGGUCGCCGGCUUCCAGUGGGCCACCAAGGAGAGCGUCCUCUGCGAGGAGAACAUGCGCAACGUUCGCUUCAACAUUCACGACGUGACGCUGCACGCUGACGCCAUUCACCGCGGCGGUGGCCAGAUCAUCCCCACCGCCCGUCGCUGCCUGUACGCCAGUCUGCUGACGGCGAAGCCCCGCCUGAUGGAGCCCGUCUACCUGGUGGAGAUUCAGUGCCCGGAGUCGGCAGUCGGUGGCAUCUACGGCGUGCUCAACCGUCGCCGCGGUCACGUCAUCGAGGAGCAGCAGGUGGUGGGCACGCCGAUGUUCAACGUGAAGGCGUACCUGCCCGUCAACGAGUCCUUCGGCUUCACCGCCGACCUGCGCUCGAACACCGGCGGCCAGGCCUUCCCGCAGUGCGUCUUCGACCACUGGCAGAUUCUGCCCGGCGACCCGCUGGACGGCAAGUCCCGCCCCUACGGCAUCGUCAUGGAGACGCGAAAGCGCAAGGGCCUCAAGGAGGCGCUGCCCGAGCUGGACAACUACUUUGACAAGCUCUAA